AAUGGAGGAGAACCCCUCCACAGACAUCUGACCCGAAGUGAAGAAGUGCACGGCCGUGUUUGUACAUUAAAUGUGGCGGCGCGUGAAAUAAACAGGAGCAGGGAUAGGCUUCAGAAGAGUUUGGAUGAAUGGAACGUUUUCCAGGAGUCUCCUGUUUUGGGGCAGUGGGCUGACCUCGGUGGUUGUCAUGGAGAUGACAGCGACGUUAGCGUACCUGCUCGUCAGUCGGUUUGCGCGUGCCAGUGUCUGACAGCAUGUCGGGGGACGAAGGGGGACCUGAGGCUGCUCUCACUGAGCUGCUGCGCGGACACGGCUGUGUCGACACAGGCUCCUCCGGGCCUGACGAUAUCUUCGAGGAAGACUCCUACUCUCCUUCCUCCCUCUCCUCGUCCUCUUCCUCCUCCGUCCACGCUGUGUCCUCCCUGCAGGGGAAAACCCUCUGCACCUCCUGCGGCCAGGAGAUAGUGGACCGGUACCUGCUCAAGGUGAACAGCUUUUGCUGGCAUGUGCGCUGCCUCUCAUGCAGUGUGUGUAAAACAUCACUGGGGCGACACGUGAGCUGCUACAUCAAAGAUAAACAGGUUUUCUGCAAACUCGACUACUUCAGGAAGUACGGGACUCGUUGUGCUCGUUGUGGCCGUAACAUACACUCUACUGACUGGGUGCGUCGGGCACGAGGCAGCACCUUCCACCUGGCCUGUUUUUCCUGCACCUCUUGCAAACGCCAGCUGUCCACUGGAGAGGAAUGUGGAUUUCUCGAGAACAGGGUCUUCUGCCGGCCACACUAUGAUAUUAUGAUGGAGAAUAUCAAACGUGCUAAAGAAAAUGAGCAACCCAAAACAGAGGAUGAGUUGGCAGACAAAGAUGAUUCCAGUAACAUGCCAAGACCUGCUAAGAGGGCCAGGACCAGCUUCACUGUUGACCAGUUACAGAUAAUGCAAACUCAGUUUGCUAAAGACAACAACCCAAAUGCCCAGACUCUCCAGAAACUGGCAGAGAUGACUGGUCUCAGCCGCAGAGUUAUUCAGGUGUGGUUUCAGAACUGCCGAGCUCGUCAAAAGAAACAUGUCUGCCCACAUCCUGCUUCCUCAUCGAUGAUGACAUCAUUUGCCCCUGGUCAACUGACACCACCUUUGAUGGACGAUCUGCAAUAUACAACAUUUAUUUCCCCAGACACACCGCUCCUCACUACAUUGACUUACAUGGAUGUCCAAACUCCAGAUCCGUUGUUGCUUCAGCCAAUUAUGUCCCACUCCCUGACACAGCUGCCAGUCAGCCAUGCCUGAGUUCCUGAAAACUGAUGAAGAUCUGAUGGGAAGAAGAAGCAACUCAUUAUUCUUGGUUUAAAAAAAAAAAAAAGUCAAAGAUUGAAUGGGAUUUAUUCGUUAACAUUAGCAAAUGAACAGCUAUGAAACAAUAACAUUUUCACUGACCAAUCUGGGAGCAGACAGUUAAAAAGAGAACAAUUGUGUGACUGUUAAGUCACUGAAUUAAUUUCAUUCAUUCACACAGGGAUUCACAGGUGAGAAUAAGUUGAAAUUGUCAAGUAAAUUGUUGAUUUUCUUGGGAUGGAACUUUAUGUAAAACUUAAUCUAAGAUGUAUAUGUUAUAAAUUUAAUUUAUUUGGAGAAUAUGAGAUGAGGCACUUUGUUGGAAAAUAUAAGAUAUCUUUGGUUUUCUGUAAAACUUUUUUUUAAAUGUAACUGAGAAAAUAUCAGUUGUGACAUUUACAAGUGUGACUCAAAUAGUUUCUCUUUGUAAAGACUACUAGCAAAAUACAGCAUUUGGUUAUACUGUGUAUUAAAACCACUGGAGAAGGUA